UGGUGGAGACGGGCGAGGCGGGACCUCCCGGGUUCAUGCGCAGGGUCACGGUGAGGAGGGGAUCCGAGGACUCGGCCGACUCGCCGCUCAUCGGGGUGGCGGGAGCGCCAGGCUAUCCUCCCUUACAGCCGGUAUCGUUCAAGCCUAACUGGAGCAGUCUCACAGGUCCGCUAGCAGCUAAAGUGCCCUGGCAGCCGUCGCACCGAGCUCCGGUCGAAUCACUCGGUGUUCCGGUAGAGCGCUUCGCUUUGGCCGAGCCUUUCUCCUUCUCGGCCGGCCUCACUCUUCAGCCUUUCUCUGGAGAGUUUGGCAUCAUUCGCUUCGACAAGGUUUUGCUCAACGACGGCGGCCACUACAGUCCCCACACAGGGCUGUUCACGGUCCCGCACGACGGCCGCUACCUGAUCUCCGGCCUCCUGACGGCGGCGCCCGGCGAGUCGGUGGAGGCGAUCCUGUCCGUGUCCCGGCGCGGCGUCCACAGGCUUCGGAGCUCGGCGGCGUCCGGUCGGGACGCGUGCGGCUGCGGCGGCUCCGUGUCCUUCGGCCUCGUCGUGCCGCUGAAGCGAGGCGACCGCGUGGGCCUGCUGAGGACGGCGGGGCGGCUGGCCACCACCGAGGCCCGCGAGGUGCUCUCCACCUUUGGCGCCCUCUUCCUGUACGGACCCCGAAGCGACCGCAGAUAGCUCAAGCUCAGAGACUGCUGUGUGAACCGUGUGCACACAAACGAACAUCACCUAAUAUAUUUGACAGUCUUUGUACCGCCCAUUGUGAUGAUGCAAAAGUCUUUAUAAUUUAACACUCAUAAUCUGUGACGUGACGCCAAUAAAUGGGCAUAUAUGAACUCGAGAAGACGAUUCAUCAACAUGCAGG